AGGCUACGGAUAAACAGAAGUGAUGGAGGCCUUUGAAGAGGAGCCUUUCUGUCUCUGGCAAGACAGAGACAUCAAAUUUGAUAGCAAUGACAAAGCUUUGGCUCCACGUCCAGGUGAGACUGUUAUAUCAAAGUUUGAGGCUGUUGAAGAUACUAAGGGAAACAAUGGAGCAUCAGGAAAACUGACUGUGACUAAUUUGAGAAUCAUUUGGAGAUCAACUGCAAAGCCAUCAGUUAAUCUUUCAAUUGGUUUAAUGUGUAUUUUUCAGAUUAAAGCAAGGAAAGCCACUUCAAAACUAAGAGGCCAAACUGAGUCUGUUUACAUUCUCACCAAGUGCAAGAAGACUCAAUUCGAAUUCAUUUUCACAAAUCUUGUUUCUGACACACCGAAACUCUUUGCUCUGAUACUAGCAGUCCAUAGGUCAUACGAGACAUCAAAGUUGUAUCGUGAAAUAAAGCUAAGAGGAGCUAUCAUUGAUAAUCAAACGCUAAAAGUUUUACCUCUUGAGCAAGUUUAUGACAAAAUAAACGGAGUGAUGAACUUGUGUAGCAGCCAAGGCACACUUGGUACAAUGUACAUCACAAAUGUUCGUGUGGCAUGGCAUGCAAAUACAAAUGAAGCUUUUAACAUCAGUGUGCCCUACUUGCAUUUGAUUAGCAUCAAGAUGAGAGAGUCAAAAUUUGGUCUAGCUCUUGUCUUGGAGACUCAUAAAGAUACCGGAGGAUAUGUGCUUGGCUUUCGUAUUGACCCGCAGGAGAAACUCAGAUCAACUUUGCAACAAAUAAACUCCCUGUAUCGGGUGUUCAGUGCUCAUCCUAUAUUUGGUGUUGAAUAUGAAACAGAUGAAUCAGUUGAUCCCAGUGAUACUACUGGAGGAGACAGUAAUGAGAAGGAAGGGGGUGGGGCUCCUUUUGAAGACGAGAGCGAGAUUGUUGAAACGAGUAAUAACGUAUGCUCAGCUUAUUUUGCUGAUCCCAACAAGUCUCAUGACCGUGAGCCAUUCUACUCGGAGCACAUUGGACUGGCAAUGGAGACACUCCCUGAUGGCUACUCCAUAAAAGACUUGUGGGAAGUCACAUGACUUGUCAUAUUACACUCAUCACAAAACUCAAUUUAAAAUAUAAAAGAAAACAAUACUUAUGGGUUACACUAUUUUAAUAAAUGCAUUUAUUCGUUGUUUAUUUGAUCAGCGA